GUCAACAACUUUACAUCUCUACUCUACAAUUCUACAUUCUAGAUCUAAGUCUAGAUCUAGACAUAGACUCUACUAUAGAUUCUAUUUAUAUUAUUAGAUCUAUAUAAUCUAUUCUAGAUCUACGUGUUGCUAUCUAGUUAAUCUAGAUCUAGAGUAGAUUAUAAGUCGUAUAAAGACCUGUUACUGUAGUACUGUACUAGUCUAUGUAGUAAAUGUACUAACUAAGUACUACAACAAAGUCAGUGUAGACUCACUUUGACUCAAAUGUCACUCUCACUGUGACUGUAAUGUUACGUUAAUGUAGUCUUAGACAAGACGCUAACUAAGUGAUAAAAAACUAUGAUCAGUAUACCGUAUACCGGUCCUGACAUUGACUGUCAACUGCUUUUUUGGUGACUGUAACUGUAAGCACUGGUACUCUGAGCCCAGAUAGAUUCCGAUAGAUCUAGACUAGAUUGACUAGAUCUACUUGAUUGAGAAUUUCUAGAUCUAGAUAGAUAUGUCUGCAAUUAUUAAGCAUCCGUUUGCAAAAGCGGCAGUUGUUGGAGGUGUAUUUACUCUUGGUGCCGCUAUUUGGAUGGAAGAUCAAAUUCAACGUAACUUUAAAAAGCAAGAUUAUUAUAAAGCCUCCAUGUUGUUGUUACAUAAUUAUGAACCUGCUAGCCAGUACUUAGGCAAUCCAAUAUAUAGUGGUAAACUCACACUGUCAGAUACAGAAAAACUUCAUGUUGAUGGUCUAAAGGCAAAGCUAGAAAUCCCUUUGAAGGGUUCCAAAGACAAGGGUGUUCUGUAUGUAUUGGCCAGUAGAGAAAAUCAAGGGGAAAGGUGGAAUAUUGAUCAACUUCAUUUGAAAGUAUGCAGCACUAAACAAAAGUGGAAGUUUUAUGAUCGUCACAUGUCUAUAGAAAAUUCACAAGAUCAAGCUACUAAAUGAUAUUUAUUUUUUAAAGUAAAUACCACGCCUAAUUGAAAUUGUUUAUUUUUAACUUUAGUGGGUCUAGCCUCUCUGGUAAAGUUUAGUAGAUUAUUAUAUGAUAUUCGAAUACAAUAUAUUAAGUUUAUCUCUGACACUGACAAAUCUAGCAAUGAAAUGAAAUGAAAAAAAAAGGGAGGGAGGUGGGGCUUAGAGACUAACACUUUCUACUUUACCACAUUUGGGAGAAAGUAGAGGUCACUCAAAACCGAUUUUCAAAACAGUCAUGCAGCUUAUUUAAUCAUGUAUUCAAAUGAUACUUUGGAUUCUAAAAAUGUGGCCACAAUUUUUUUUUUUGUAUUGAAGCUUUUGGUAAUUUGUAUCACCUUACGAACCCAAGUCUUUCAAGAACACUUUAUUAAAAACUAUAAGACUAUCAUAAAUGACAUUUAGUUAUCAUGCUUUUUUUUUCAAUGUAUAAAUUACACUACGUUAGUUUUAUUUAGUUGGUUUGAUAGUUGUAUUUUAGUUAUUUUUUUUUUUUUUGGUGCAUAUUUGACAUAGGGAGGUAAGAAAACAAAUUGUGCAGUUAAAAAAAAAUUCACACACAAAAAAAAUAACUACAAAAGCCAGUAGGCCUAUAUAUACUGAGGCAUGGCAUUUUUAUAUCUUUAAGUGUGAAUUUUGAUAAAUAAUAUCUUAUUUUGAUUUUUUAUUGCAUAGAAAUUAAAACAUAAUAUGCUUAACUGAAACACCAAAAUUAAAACUGUAAUAAACUCAAAAUAUAAUGUUAUCACUUAUUGUCAUAGUUGUAACAUCCACGUCGCUUCAUUGUCACCAGAAUAUGCUUUCAUAUAUUCACAUGCAAUUCAAAUGAAUUAGUGAAAAGACUUCAUUCCUAACUUCAGAUAGGUUCCUUGACCUAUCAUUUAACUUUAGUUGUCAUUUGUUGUAUUUCUUGCGAGUCAGUUGUUUUAAUAAACUGAAAAUCAAAAUUUUA